AUGCCCGAGUCCAAGGCUGAGCAGAUCGACCGCGCGCAGGCCAACCUGCCGCUUCCCGAGGAUCCCCCACGGGCACCGGACACCAACUCGGCGGACGCGAGCGCGGUCAACGUCGGCAGCGGUCGUGUCAGCGGUACUUCGGACGCCGCCUCGACGACGGGACUGCGCGGGGCGGCCACCAAGAGAAGCGAGGACGCCGACAUGGCGAGCGUCGGACGGCAAGGCGUCGAGGCCAAGCUCUCCCUCCACCUUGGCCUCUUCUCUCAGCUUUGUACCACCACUUCUCUCUUCCAUCCCUCCUGCCCUCAGUCCAUGCACCGCCUCCUCUUCCGCCGCGCCUUCUCCACCAGCAUCGCCACCACCACAACCAUCACCACCGCAUCGCGAACCAUGGCCACCGCCGCCGCCGCCGUCGAGUCGGCCUCCAAGCGCCUCAAGACCGGUGACGAGGGCAGCGGCCUGCUCAUCGGCACCCACAGCGGGCACUUCCACGCCGACGAGGCCCUCGCCGUGCACAUGCUCCGCCAGCUGCCCGCCUACGCCUCCGCCUCCCUCGUCCGCACGCGCGACCCCGCAACCCUCGCCGGCUGCCACACCGUCGUCGACGUCGGCGGCGAGUACGACGCCGCCCGCCACCGCUACGACCACCACCAGCGCGGCUUCACCACCACCUUUCCCGGCCGCGCCACUAAGCUGUCCUCCGCCGGGCUCAGGCGCUUCUCCGACGGCGGGUUUCACCUCGGCGCGCUGGUCGGCCGCCUGAACUCCAGCUGGAACGACCCGGUGCCCGCGGACGACACGCCCGAGGCGGCGCAGCGCCGCGAGGACGAGCGCUUCCUGGCGGCGAGCCGCCGCAUCGGCGAGGAGUUUGACCGCGAGGUCGACUACUACGCGUCCGCGUGGCUGCCCGCGCGCGCCGUCGUCCAGGUCGCCUUUGCCAAGCGCGCCGAGUUUGACGCGCAGGGCCGCGUGCUCAUCCUCGAGGGCCAGAGCGUGCCCUGGAAGGACCACCUCUACACCCUCGAGAAGGAGGGCGGCGAUGGCGCCGGCAAGGUGCUGUACGUGCUCUACCAGGAGAAGCCCGAGCCGGGCGCCAAGUGGCGCGUGCAGUGCGUGCCCGAGUCCAAGGACUCGUUCGUCAGCCGCAAGCCCCUGCCGGAGGCCUGGCGCGGCUUCAGGGACGCCGAGCUUGAUGGCAUCGCUGGCGUCGAGGGUUGCGUGUUUGUCCACGCCGCCGGCUUCAUCGGCGGUAACAAGACGUUUGAGGGCGCCAAGGCCAUGGUGACCAAGGCCCUCGCCGUAUAG